CCGCUUAUUUGAUCAGUGUUCGUCACAUGAGCGUCGAGAUAACGUUAUAUUUACUUUUAGAUUUAGUUAAAACAAUUGAUGAAUAUAAUAAUAAGGAAGUUAUUUCAGGGUUAAAUAUUUGUUCACAUACGUUAACUAAGUCCAGUGAAAAGUCGCUUUGAUCUUGCCUGGUGGCAGCUCACUGACAGCAGGAACCAGCCUUUCUGCCCAGCAGACUCCAGAGGAAUGGUAGCCGGCUAGAUCUCCAGGCAGUAGUUGUUGGAUUAACUUGCUAACGUCAUUUGGCACUCGGUUGUUUAGUUAAAAUAAUGAAUUUACUACCGUCUAAUCCUCAUGGGAACGGGCUCCUUUAUGCUGGAUUUAACCAGGAUCAUGGAUGCUUUGCCUGUGGAAUGGAGAAUGGAUUUCGUGUGUACAACACAGAUCCUCUUAAAGAGAAGGAGAAACAAGAGUUCCUGGAGGGCGGGGUCGGCCACGUGGAGAUGCUGUUCAGGUGUAACUAUUUAGCUUUAGUUGGAGGAGGAAAGAAACCCAAAUACCCAACCAACAAAGUGAUGAUCUGGGAUGAUCUGAAGAAGAAGACUGUUAUUGAGAUCGAGUUCUCAACAGAAGUCAAAGCGGUGAAGCUUCGGCGUGACAGGAUCGUGGUUGUCCUGGACUCAAUGAUCAAAGUGUUCACCUUUACCCACAACCCCCAUCAGCUGCAUGUGUUUGAGACCUGCUACAACCCCAAAGGUCUGUGUGUGCUGUGUCCAAACAGCAACAACUCUCUGUUGGCGUUCCCUGGAACUCACUCAGGCCAUGUGCAGAUAGUGGACCUGGCCAACACAGAGAAGCCUCCAGUUGACAUCCCUGCCCACGAGGGGGCGCUGUGCUGCAUCGCGCUGAACCUGCAGGGCACAAGAAUAGCUACUGCAUCAGAGAAAGGGACUCUUAUUAGAAUUUUCGACACGUCUGCGGGUCAGCUCAUACAAGAGCUAAGACGAGGCUCUCAGGCGGCCAACAUUUACUGCAUUAAUUUCAACCAGGAUGCGUCCCUCAUCUGUGUGUCCAGUGACCACGGAACAGUGCACAUCUUUGCAGCAGAGGACCCAAAAAGAAACAAACAGUCAAGCUUGGCAUCAGCCAGCUUUCUUCCCAAAUACUUCAGCUCCAAGUGGAGCUUCUCCAAGUUCCAGGUCCCCUCAGGCUCUCCAUGUUUGUGUGCCUUUGGAACAGAGCCCAACGCUGUCAUAGCUAUUUGUGCUGACGGCAGCUACUACAAGUUCCUGUUCAACCAGAAGGGGGAGUGUUCCAGAGACGUCUACGCCCAGUUCCUGGAGAUGACUGAUGAGAAAAUAUGACCUUUGAACCCACUGCAGACUCACUUAUCACACAGCCUAUUUUUUUUUUGUUUUUUUUUGUUUUGUUUUGUUUUUGUGGAGGUAGGAGAGGUCCCAUGCUGCACUUGUCUUUAUCUUGACAGACUCUUGUUAAAGAGCAUCAGAUGAAGGGAGGACAGAGAAAGAGAAGCACAGACUCGGAGGGGGAAAACCUCACAGCAAAGACAGAUGAAUGGAAGCAGACUUAAUGUCUCACAGACUCCUGAGGAUCGUCUCUGGACCGUCGGUGGAUAGAGGGAUUCGGACGCUGACUUGACUCCCAAACCAAACACACAAAAAAAAGAGGGAAAGCUAUUUUUUUGAAAGGACAACAUGCCGCUUUUUAAGACGUCUUCCAAGGACUUUACAAUGGAUGGCUAUUUUUAAUCACAUAGGUGAUUCUGAUAGUUAGACGGAUUGAAAAUAUUGAGAUUUUUGUCAACUAACACCACCUAACCUAACUCUAGGGAGUGCCUCUGAACUGAGUUGAGACUGGAGAGAAUCUGUAUGUGUGCACAUAUUAUUGUUGUCAUGUAUACAUAUGUGUUUGUGUAUAUACAAAUGUACCAUAUUCGGUGUUUGCAAAGCAGGAUCAGAAUGAGCUACCUAACACACAGCCAUGUUUUUUUUUUCCCAGCUGUGAACAUCAGUGAAGUAACAUCUGAAACAUUUGAAGACACUGAUCCUGUGUUGUGAAACGUCACAUUUAGUAUUACUAGAUUUUCUUAUAUUCACUGUAUAAACACAAAGCGCCAGACUGAACUUCUAACUACAUAGAAUUGUACAGAAUAGUAGCAAGAAAAAAAUCUGAACAUGUACUUUUGUUUCACGCUUCCUUUUUCAUACAUUGUGCAAUAUGAUUUCCCUAAUUUUUUUUUUUUUUUUUGUAAAAGGGCUUGUAAAAGUUGAGUUUCUACCUGAACAAGAAAGCUUAAAGAAAUAGUUGGAUAUUUAUCAGGAAAUAUGCUUAUUCGCUUUCUUUUUAAAGAGCUAGAUGAGACGAUUGAAGCUAACCUUCAUGUGGUUAGCUUAGCAUAAAGACUGGCAACAGGAGGAAACAGCUAGCUUGGUAAAAUCCACCCAUCAGCACUUGUAAGGCUCACUAAUUAUAUAUGUUAUAUAUUGUUUGUUCAGUCCAUACAAAAAGUGAAUAGUUAAAAAAAGAUGUGCUGGACUAUUUCUUGGCCAUGUUAUACAAACAAAAUGUAAGGUAGUGAUCUUAAGAGGUGCUGGUAGGCAGAUUUGUAUAGAGCCCGGCUAGCUGUUUCCUCCCUGCUUUAUGCUAAGCUAUGCUAACUGGAUGCUAGUUUUAGCUUUAUGUUUACCCUACAGACACGAGUGGGAUCAAUCUUCUCGUCUAACACUCUGCAAGAACGCAAAUAAGGUUAUUUUCCACAAUGUCAAACUAUUUCUUGUGUUUGUGAAAGUUGAGUGUUCACACCUGAACAAGAAAGCUUAACCAAACACACUGUUUCCAUCUUUAAAUCAUAAAGACAAAGUCGAUUUUAAGAUGAGAUUAUCAGUAAAUUUGUUCCCAACAGCCCAGAUCAACUGUAAAAAUGUGAAUAUUUAGAACUUGGUUCAAGAUUGCACUUCAUGGUUAAUGUUAAGACAUUAGUAACCCCGUAUGAUUACAUGAUCUGAAAUAAUCAUAAGGAUGAUUGCUCGCUGCACACAUCCUGUUUGUCGGCCAGUGUGGCUCUCCAGUCACAGCUCUUUGGUACAUUUUUGUUUAAAUCCCGGCAACACUCAUCACUGUGAGUGUUUUCGUCUGUCAGUGUAUCUCUGUAAACUGCUUCAUCCUGCACCUAACAGCAUAGAUAAAUUCAGCUAAUGCAAAUCAGGGAAUCUGAAGUGCUUUGUUGAAACCUGUCGCCAUAAACAGGUCUGCUCAGUGUGGAUCCACCACAAUAGACCCUGCGUAUACGCAGAACUGUGUUAAUUUAUAAUAUUUUUUUUCAUUUGUCAUGUUACUUGAUGGCAGUUUUGUUGAUUUAGUGCAAAAACACAUUUCAUUUGUAUUGCUUUCUGCAUCAGAUUGUACAUUUGCAGGUUCAACAUACACAGCACUUGGUGGUCACUGACUACAGGAGGGACGCUGCACAAACUGAAAAGCCAACUUGUUUCUGACACAUUUGGAAUGAUUGUAAAAACCUGCAUUUAAAUUUGUGAAUAAAAUUUAACAUCUGCUUUUACAGUUAAA